AUGGAUGUAGAGGGCCGGUUGAACCAAGCUGCGUUGAAUUUGCUGGAAGGUGCCGACAUCCAAUUCCGUCGCGAAAACCGACUUGAUAUCGCUCUCGUCAAAAACCUGCCAAUCGCCCUCAUAUUCUUGCCUGCAGCGGACAUUCCAACCUUUGUCGGCCAGGGCCGUGUUGAUUUGGGCAUCACGGGAUGGGACCAGGUCAAAGACCAUGAUGCAUCUGUGCGUGCCGUCACAAGUAGCGGUGUGGAUACUGACGGGACGCCGGACUGCGAAAUGGUCAUGGAACUGGGCUUCGGCGCAUGCAAGCUUCAAGUGCAAGUCCCAGAGAAGGGCAAGUACAUCACCGGCCAGGACCUUAUUGGCAAAACCAUUGGCACCAGCUUUGUGCACCUAGCUACCGAAUAUUUCGCACGACUGGAGGCGAAGGAUGCCGGCCACGAUGCCCUAUCCGAUUCUACGCAAAAGCUGCAGACCAAGAUCGUUGAGCUGAGCGGCAGCGUCGAAGCUGCCUGUGCCUUGGGAGUCGCUGACGGAAUUGUUGACCUCGUUGAAUCCGGCGAAACCAUGCGUGCUGCUGGCCUGAAGGCUGUAGAUACUGUUUUGGAAUCGACAGCUGUGCUUGUCAAGUCUCGGGCACCGUCAAACGCAGACAUGGUUGACCUGAUUGCUUCGAGAAUCCGGGGGGUCAUUACUGCGCAACAGUACGUAUUGUGUCAGUACAAUAUUGAAAGACGGCGGCUUCCCGAUGCAAGUAAAAUCACCCCCGGGAAACGAGCGCCGACCAUUACCACUCUUGACGCUGAGGGAUGGGUUGCAGUCAGCUCUAUGGUAGAAAAAAAGAGGAUUGCCCUCGUAAUGGACGACCUGACCCGGGUUGGCGCCCAAGAUAUCCUCGUCCUGGACAUCCACAACACGCGAUGA